CGCGUCGGGCGGAGCACUUCCUGGUUACUUGGCGCUGCGUGUUGUGGUUGUUAACUAUUGAUUUAUUUGUCCAAGGAAUGGUACAUUUUCUUCUGCGACGGGACUGGUUCGGUCGUCUUCGUCUGGCGCUCACUCUCUUCGGACUCCAGUACACCGUGUGCUCCCCCGGAGUUAGGUCUGCCAUCUCCUGCUCAUCUUCUCACCCUUUCAGAACCAUCAGACCCAUCAGUGCCAGUUGCUGUCACCUCUACACGACCAGUGUCCGGACAAUGCCUUCCUCAGCAGCGCCUCAUGUCAAGUCCAGAUGUCCUCAGUAUCCAGGGUCCAAAGUCAAGCGCUUACUCGUGCCUGAUGACAAGGUGGACUGGAGUCAGAGCUGGCCGCAGUAUAAUCCAGUCUCCCACACUGACCCUUCAGUAUUAAAGAAGCCAGCAUGGGCGGACCCUGAUAUUGGCAGCAGCUGGAGAUUUUUCAUGCCAGUUUUGAUGACUUUUGCUCGCAGCUCUUUCUCUCCAAAGUUCAACACUGUGGACGGUGGCGUGGACAGGACCAGCUUUGGCGGCACCUACAAAAUAGAAAAAGGAAAGCCACUAAAUCCUCAUGGCCGCACUGGGGUGACUGGUAGAGGUUUGUUGGGACGAUGGGGACCCAAUCACGCAGCUGAUCCCAUUGUCACCAGAUGGAAAGUAGAUGCCAAAGGAGCAAAGGUGUCUCACUUAGUCUCCAAGCGGCCUAUCCUGCAGUUUGUGUCCAUCAAGAGGAAAGACUGCGGGGAGUGGGCCAUUCCUGGGGGCAUGGUAGAUCCAGGGGAGCAGGUCUCUCUCACGCUGCAGCGGGAGUUCUCAGAAGAAGCGUUGAAUUCGUUGGCAGUCCCGCCAGCAGAGAGAGUGAAGAUCAGUGAACGCAUCACCAAACUCUUCAAAUCACCAGGGUUUCAGGUCUAUAAAGGCUAUGUGGAUGAUCCUAGAAACACUGACAAUGCUUGGAUGGAGACAGUUGCUGUCAACUUUCAUGAUGACUCAGGCAACAGUGUGAGCGAGCUGCCGCUCCAAGCUGGCGAUGACGCAGGACAAGUCCAGUGGGUUGAUGUUGACUCGUCCUUCCCGCUCUUUGCGAAUCAUUCCCAUUUCCUGGAGCUGGUUGCCAAAGAGAGGAAAGCUCACUGGUAACUAAGGACGACGGACUCUGACAUGUCAAUGAAGGAAACAUUAAGAGCCUUGUGUGCUGAUGCAUUAAGGAUGCAUGACACCUAAACUUUUGUGAAUCUUCCCUUGCUAAUUUAAACCCAAUAAUCAUAGUCAUUGAAAGCCUUAUAUGCACUCAUACGUAUUCCCCCUGUACAAUCUACAGCAACAUUGUGACUGUAGGUUUAGAUUGACAUAGCAAAUUGUAUGAAAUGAAUGUAACAGCAUGUUGAAAACUUUGCCACAGAGGACAUGGCUCAGCCCAUGUACGAGCUGCAGAAAAUAAAAUGAAAGAGAAGAAAUGUACAUUUUCAUAAAAAAGAUUUUGAUUCAUUGCUUGGAAGAAGCUUAACAUGAGACUGUAGAACGCAAGAUGCUACUGAGUGGCACACUGUACUGUUUCUGUUGGCACUAAUUAUGCUAAUUUAUUCAAUGUUAACAAGGAUCACAUUAACCCAGCGUGAUCAUGUAAGAACAAACACAAUGAGCUGCCGAACACAACACAUACUACAUUAAUUUAAGUGUGAUAAGGCGUGGGGGCAAUCAAAAUGAAAAAGUGUCGAUUGACUUUGAUCUUUAGAUGUGAAAUGAAUAUAAAGAUGUGGUGGAGCUCCACACACAGCCGAACAAUGUGCUGAAGCUGAGCACAGACAGGCCAGAAGCUGGAGGACAAACAUGUUUUCAAGUGGCAACAGACGGUGGAAGCAAAGGCCAUUUCACACUCGACAGCCUGUCUUUUCCAAAACAUUCACAUCAGUAAGUGUCAUCUCACUGCUGUGCGUACUUUGUGAUGAAUUACGCAUUAAAUGGCUUGUAUCUGUGAGGAUUCAUGACACAAACACUAACACAUGGACACUUCUGUUAUCAGAAAGCAGCCAACAACAGAAAAACAUUUCUUAAAGGGACAGUUCACCCCAAAAUCAAAAAUACAUAUUUUUCCUUUUACCUGUAACGCUAUUUAUCAAUCUUGAUUGUUUUGCUCAGUGUUGGACAUAACAGCCAGAGGUUCACUUCCAGCCACACUCUUGUUCCUUUCCCACAAGUGCCUUUUUGGCAUCUUCACUACAGCACACAGAUUAUUAAUACC